AUGCAGCCCCAGCGACGCCUGCGUGAGUCCCUCACGCCCCAGCAGCUGCGUGAGUGGUACGCUGGUUGGGGCUGUAGGGGUGGCGACGCUACUCCUACUUCCACUCCUGCUGCUUCUACUCGUGGUGGCGGCCAGAUGCAGCUCCCGCGACCCUCUCGCGUGUCUCUCACGCCUCGCCAGCUUCGUGAGUGGUACGCUCAGAGUGGAGGGUCUCUCAGUGCUGUUCGCUGCUCUUACGUGAUUCGCACUGGUACUCGGACUGGUCAGCCUUGUGGGACACGUAGUCAUACACAGUCCCGCUGCUUCGCCCGUCUGAGCGACGCCUGGCGUACCGUGUUUGGCGACGAGGCUGAGCUCCCCGACUGGGUGGAGUUGCUUAGGCAGAGGGUAGAUAUAUAUGCUCUUGACUAUGAUGCUAUUCUCACUGCCAUGUAUGCAUUGCCUACUAGUGCUGACCGUGCCGGUCACCUGUGCGUCCCGCCUGACCCAGGUAUAGGACCUGCUGCUAUAGCUACUGGUGAGGCUGCUGCUCUGGGUGCUAGUGAGUCUCCUGCUCCAGGUACAGGUGCGGCUGCUGCUCUAGGUGCUAGUGAGUCUGCUUCCUCAGGUGCGGGUGAGGCUGCGCUCUCAGGUACCGCGUUGGCUUCGGCCUCCCUCACCUUUACACCUGACUCUGGGGCUUCUCGCUCCUUCUUUCGGGACCGCACCACACUCACGCCGCUUGGUCGGCCGGUUGCUGUCUCCCUGGCUGACCCCUCUGGGGGUCCUGUCCUCGCUCACUUCUCCACUGUCCUCCCGUGUCCGGCUGCCCCUUCGGGCACCCUGUCUGGCCUGUACCUCCCCUCGUUCUCAACGAACUUGGUGAGUGGUGCAGACCUACAGGAUGCGGGGGUUCACCAGUUCACUCCUGCGAGUCAGCGGGUGACCCACUGCACGGACGCACGCACAGGCCGGCACCUGGCCACGUUCUCGCGUCGGCCGGGGUCGAGCCUCUACACCCUGACCACUGAGUCUCCUCCUGUCCCCGCGUCCGGUCAGGUAGCAGCGUCGGGUCAGGUGUUUGCUGCUGCGUCCAGGUCUGGUCCUGAGUCUGCCCUCUGUUUGUGUCGCCUCCUGUCUCACGAGACUCUUCUGUGGCACCACCGUCUAGGCCACCCCUCCUUGCCCCGUCUUCGGGGCAUGGCUUCCCAUGUCCUUGUCUCUGGUCUUCCCCAGUCUCUCCCUCCCCUUCCUUCGGGACCAGGACCUUCCUGUGUCCCCUGUGUCGAGAGGCGCCUCAGGGCUGCUCCUCACUCCUCCCAGUUUCCCCCGACAGAGGCUCCUCUGCAGACGCUUCACACGGACAUGUGGGGCCCGGCCCCCGUCCGUGGGCAGGGUCACGAGCGCUACUUCCUGUUGGUGGUUGACGACUACUCGCGUUACACCUCAGUCUUCCCCUUGCGCAGGAAGGGUGCUGUCACUGAGGUGCUGAUCGACUGGAUCCGCGAGGCUCGUCUCCAGCUCAGGAGGAGCUUCGGCUCGGACUUUCCUGUUCUGCGUCUGCACUCUGACCGAGGUGGGGAGUUCUCCUCUCGCCUUCUGCGAGACUACUGUCGUGCACAGGGGAUCCGCCAGACCUUUACGCUUCCGGACUCUCCACAGCAAAAUGGGAUUGCUGAGCGCCGCAUUGGCAUGGUCAUGGAUGUCGCUCGUACGUCCAUGAUGCAUGCGGCUGCCCCCCAUUUUCUGUGGCCGUUUGCGGUUCGGUACGCGGCGCAUCAGCUCAACCUUCACCCCAGGGUCUCUCGGCCCGCGAUGUCCCCAGUGUUACUGUGGACGGGGAAGGUCGGCGAUGCGUCUGCGUUCCGUGUCUGGGGAUCUCGGGCGUUUGUCCGCGACUUGUCUGCGGACAAGCUGUCCCCCCGUGCUGCUCCCUGUGUCUUCCUUGGCUUCCCCCCUGACGCUCCAGGGUGGCAGUUCUACCACCCCUCCUCUCGUCGUGUUCUGUCCUCCCAGGACGUCACGUUCGACGAGUCAGUCCCCUUCUACCACCUCUUCCCCUACCGUACUCCUUCCCUCCCCCCCCCACCGGACUUCCUGGUAGACACGGUCGAGCCAGUCGAGGUUGCUGCUGAGUCUGGUCCUGCUGCGGGUGCUGAGCCUGGGGGUGCUGAGCCUGGGGGUGCGAGGCCGGGGGGUGCUGAGUCUGGGGGUGCUGAGCCGGGGGGUGCUGAGCCGGAGGGUGCUACGUCAGGAGCUGCUGAGCCUGGGGGUGCUGGGCCUGGAGGUGCGGAGCCUGCGCCUGCUGGACCUGGGGGCUCUCCAGUUCUUCCGUCUCGGCGGGAGCCGCUCUCUCCACAGGAGCUGCGCGAGUGGUUUGCUCGCCGCUGGAGGCGUGCUGCUGGAGCUGGAGCUUCUUCGCCUGCUGAGGGUGCUGCCGGUCCCGGAGCUGCUGGGCCUGCGAGUCCUACUGGAGCUGGAGCUACUGAGUCUGGGGGUGCUGAGUCUGGAGCUGCUGCGCCUGGAGGUGCUGAGUCUAGAGCUGCUGAGCCUGGGGGUGCUACGUCUGGAGCUGCUGUGCCUGGGGGUGCUGAGUCUGGAGCUGCUGAGCCUGGGGUUUCUCCUGCUGCUGCGUCUCGCCGGGAGCCCCUCUCUCCACAGGAGCUGCGCGAGUGGUUUGCUCGCCGCUGGAGGAGUGCUGCUGGAGCUGGAGCUUCGUCGACCGUCGAGGGUGCUGGUGCUGCCGGUCCCGGAGCUGCUGGGCCUGCGGGUCCUACUGGAGCUGGAGCUGCUGAGGGUGUUGGUGCUGAGACUACUGCUGUCUGUCCUGGCGGUGGUUCUGCUGCUGGUGCUGCUGGAGGUCCUGCCGCUGGAGGUGUUGGUGGCGCUGGUGCUGUCGCUGAGGGUGCUGGUGCUGUCCCUACUGAGUCUGGAGCUGCCGCGCGGCCUCGGCCGUACUUCGUUCCGCUCCUACAGCAGCGUCGUGAGCCUGCGUCUCGUCCCGCGUCGCCGGUUCGUGCUGCUCGCGCUAGUGGUCGCGGUUCGCGUCAGCGUCCUCCUCCUGUCCCUGGCACGCACCGGAUGUCUCUGCGUCCGUCCACUGCUCCUCUGCGUGCCCCUUUCCCUUCUCCUCCUGAGUCCUCUCUUCCUGCGCUUGCCGACCCUGAGUCGGACUCUCUUCGCGCUGCCAGUCCUACUGUCACGCGUCUGCUUGCUACUGUCGUCACUGACCCCUCUUUUGAGUCCACUGCUGCGUCUGCUCUCGUCGCUGAGCUCGUUGACUUUGCUGCUCGCUGUCGUCUCGACUACGCUGCUAGUCUUGUUGCUGAGUCUGCGUCUGUCUGUCCUCCGUCCGUCGGGGGUGAGUGUGCUCUUGGCACGGACGUCCUAGAGGACAGGCAGGAGGAGUUACAGUGUCUAGCGGCUGCUUCACCUCAUCUCGCGUCUGUACUGCUUGCCCCUGAGGGAGACCCGGAUGCACUAGACAUCCCGACUCCGCGUUCUUACGCGGAGGCCGUAGAGGGUCCCUACUCCUCUCAGUGGCAGGCAGCUAUGGAUGCAGAGAUGGCUUCCUGGAAGUCCACAGGCACCUACGUUGACGCGGUUCCCCCUCCUGGGGCGAACAUCGUCAGUGGCAUGUGGAUCUUCAGGGUGAAGCGGCCGCCGGGCUCUCCACCUGUCUUCAAGGCACGGUACGUUGCUCGUGGCUUCAGUCAGCGGCAGGGAGUUGACUACUUUCAGACCUUCUCUCCCACCCCGAAGAUGACCACUCUUCGGGUGCUGCUGCACAUAGCCGCUCAGCGCGACUACGAGCUUCACUCUCUCGACUUCAGCACUGCGUUCCUGCAGGGUAGCCUGCACGAGGAGAUCUGGCUGCGCCGUCCACCUGGCUUCACUGGGACUUUCCCUCCUGGCACCCAGUGGAGCCUCCGACGGCCAGUCUACGGUCUCCGCCAGGCACCGCGUGAGUGGCACGACACACUGAGGACUACGCUUGCGGCUCUUGGGUUUGCUCCUUCUACUGCUGACCCGUCGCUGUUUCUGCGCACCGACACUUCACUGCCGCCGUUCUACAUCCUCGUGUACGUCGACGACUUGGUCUUUGCCACAGCGGACACUGCUGGACUCGCCUACGUGAAGUCCGAACUGCUGAAGAGACACACGUGCACAGACCUGGGUGAACUGCGCAGCUACCUUGGCUUGCAGAUCACUCGGGACAGAGCACGCCGCACCAUUACCUUGACUCAGUCACACAUGGUGCAGCAGGUCCUUCAGCGCUUUGGCUUCACGUACUCCUCGCCUCAGGCCACUCCUCUGCCUACUCGCCACUCACUCUCAGCUCUGCCUUCGGAUGAGUCCGUAGAGUCGAGUGGUCCGUAUGCAGAGCUUGUUGGCUGCCUCAUGUACCUGAUGACCUGCACACGACCUGACCUUGCAUACCCUCUGAGCAUUCUUGCACGCUAUGUUGCUCCUGGGAGACACAGACCAGAGCACAUGGCUGCAGCGAAGAGGGUAUUGCGCUACCUGUGCAGUACGUCGGGCAUGGGGCUAGUGCUUGGAGGGCGGAGUCCAGUGGUCCUUACCGGCCACGCGGACGCUUCUUGGGCUGACGACCAGGCUACGCAGCGGUCGUCACAGGGUUACACCUUCAGCCUUGGUUCCGGCUCUGUCUCGUGGCGGUCUACUCGCUCGUCUUCGGUUCUCGGCUCCAGUUGUGAGGCUGAGAUCUACGCCGGGGCCAUGGCUGCACAGGAGCUUCGCUGGCUCACCUACCUGCAGACUGACCUUGGAGAGCCACCUCGUUCUCCUCCAGUGCUGUACGUAGACAACAAGGCCAUGCUGGCCUUGUGUCGAGAGCAACGCUUGGAGCACAGAACGAAGCACAUUGCUCUCCGCUACUUCCUUGCUCGUGAGCUGCAGCAGCGUGGUCAGUUGCGACUUGCGUACGUGGCCUCUGAGGCCAACACUGCUAAAGUGUUCACCAAGGCACUCGCGCCUUGUGACCAUCAGCUCUUUUGCACCCAGCUGGGUCUUGUGCCUGUCUUGCCUCACUUGCUCUCCUCUUGA